GGGGCGAUGAAGACUUUUGCUGUGGAUGAAACGAGUGUCAGUGGGUUCAUUUACCAUCAUUUGCUAGGCCAUGAAGUUGAGAUGCAGAUGGUUCGCAAUGCAUUGCCUCGCCGCUUUGGUGCUCCGGGUCUUCCAGAACUUAAUGUAUCUCAAGUUCUCGCGGUGAAAAAUGUCCUACAAAAGCCAAUAAGUCUGAUCCAAGGCCCACCUGGAACUGGAAAAACUGUCACUUCUGCUGCAAUUGUGUAUCAUAUGGCGAAACAAGGCCAGGGACAGGUUUUGGUCUGUGCUCCAAGCAACGUGGCUGUUGAUCAGCUAGCUGAAAAGAUAAGUGCAACUGGUUUGAAGGUUGUCAGACUCUGUGCAAAGUCGAGGGAAGCUGUUAGUUCUCCUGUUGAGCAUUUAACCCUCCACUAUCAGGUUCGACAUCUUGACACAUCCGAAAAAAGUGAACUUCACAAGUUGCAACAAUUGAAAGAUGAACAAGGAGAACAAGAACAUCUGGUGAUGUAUUGAUGGAAUACACAUGCGGUUGUGAUUAAUUACAGCUAAAUGCUCGAAGCCUCAAAUCUCACCAAGGCAUCAAGGCCUCACGAGGGACAUAAACGCGAAGGAGGUUUCACCCUGUCCAAGGAAAACACGUUAAUUUGAAAAGAAAAUUUUUGAAUACAGAAAUAUU